GUUUUUUUGAAAUAACAGACUUAUUAAUUCACAAAUGUCUUGAAUCAAGUUUUCUCGAAUCAUUUUUUUCAAAUCAUAAUGUCAUCAAAAUUCAUAAUACAUCAAAUUUAAUUUUUUAACUUUUGAUUUAUCCUCAAAAUUUUCAAGUGCUUAAUCAACAAUGAGAGAAAUCGUUCAUAUUCAAAUUGGUCAAGGUGGAAACAACAUUGGUUCAAAAUUUUGGGAAGUAAUCUGCGACGAACAUGGAAUCACCCCACAAGGUUUUUAUCGCGGCGAUAGUGAUUUGCAACUUGAACGAAUUAAUGUUUUCUUCAACGAAGCAAGUGGACAUAAAUUCGUUCCGAGAGCGAUUUUGAUUGAUUUAGAACCGGGUACGAUGGAUACUGUGCGUUCAUCGGCAUUUGGGCAACUUUUUCGCCCGGAUAAUUUUAUUUUUGGAAGAGCUGGAGCGGGAAAUAAUUUUGCAAAGGGACAUUACACGGAAGGAGCUGAGCUUUGUGAUUCUGCUUUAGAUAUUAUUCGAAAAGAAGCUGAAGGAUGCGAUUGUUUGCAAGGGUUUCAGGUUGUUCAUUCAUUGGGGGGUGGAACCGGAGCUGGGUUAGGAACGUUAUUACUUUCUAAAAUUAGGGAAGAAUAUCCCGAUAGGAUUAUAAGCACUUUUUCGGUGUUGCCAAGUCCAAAAGUAUCAGAUGUAGUGGUUGAGCCUUAUAACGCUGUUAUGUCUAUGCAUUUUCUCGUCGAAAAUUCUGAUGAAACUUAUAUGAUUGAUAACGAAGCUUUGUAUGAUAUAUGUUAUAGGACAUUAAAACUGUCAGCGCCAUCAUACGCGGAUUUAAAUCAUCUUAUUUCUUGUGUAAUGGCUGGGGUAACGACUUGUAUAAGAUUCCCAGGCCAAUUAAACGCUGAUUUAAGGAAAAUCAUGGUUAAUAUGGUCCCGUUUCCACGUCUUCAUUUCUUCGUGCCAGGGUUUGCGCCUUUAACAUCGAGAGGGGGCGCUCAAUAUGCGGCAGUAACAGUUCCCGAAUUAGUUAGGCAACUCUUCGAUGCGAAAAAUAUAAUGUGCGCAUGCGAUCCAAGAAGAGGGCGUUAUUUAACUGUAGCUUGCGUUUUCCGAGGUAGAAUGUCAACAAAAGAGGUUGACGAACAAAUGAUGAACAUACAAGACAAAAAUAGCACAUAUUUCGUUGAGUGGAUCCCAAACAAUAUCAAAUCAGCUAUUUGCGAUAUCCCACCGAGAGGAUUAAAAUUAUGCGGAACUUUUAUUGGAAACACAACAGCCGUGCAAGAAUUAUUUAAAAGGAUGUGCGAAGCUUUUUCAGCUAUGUUUAGGAGGAAGGCUUUUUUACAUUGGUACACCGGGGAAGGAAUGGAAGAAAGCGAAUUUUUAGAAGCCGAAGCUAAUUUAAACGAUCUUAUUUCAGAGUAUCAACAAUAUCAGGAAGCUCAAGCUGAUGGUGAUGAUGACUACUAAUAAUAAAUCGUUUAAAAC